ACUUCCUUGUUUUAGCAAAUGCCAGUUCCGGUGUUUGGUUUUUUCUUUUUCCGUUUCUUCAAUUUCGUUUAAGGGGAAACGUAAUCACGGGGAGACGGGAGCAACGGCAGGACGGAAUCGCUUUUUUUUCCCCGUAAAUUUAAGCCCGGAAUUUGACUUCCUUUUCUCUGUUUUCCAACGUUCUGAUUUUCGAUUAGGGUUUAAUUCGAGCUCUGUUUUUGGGAAUGCAGUUUUUGAGAGGAGAUUUUAAGUGGUUAGGGUUUUUUUGGGGAGCAGUUAUGUUUUGUGUAAUGCGUUUUUAGAAAGGAAGAGGAGAUUUGAAUUGUGAAUACCAGCGUUGGGGUUUUGAGAAUUUUGAGAAUUUGGGGGGAUUUUUUUUUUUUGGAAAGAUGAUGUUAUCGGCAUCACCUACGUCGUUAGCUAAGAGCUCACUGGAGGAGAUGCUGGAGUCGCUGAGACGGCGGGAUGAGGGUGAAAAGUCCAAGGACCUGCCACCGGCACUGCCAGCUCGGCCAACUUCCAAGGCUCGGCUACCCUCGUGUCGCAGGUCGCUUCCAACUGAUUUCAAGGUUGACGGAAAUGGUAUUAAAUUUGGAGAAGUUUCUGCUGUGCCCAGUGAAGUAAAGGCUAGGGAGGAAGGGAAGAGGAAGGAUGAGCAGUUCCGAGUGAGGAGAAAUAGCUUUGGAAGCAGGAAGAUGAGGAAACAGCUAAAUCUAGAUUCACCAUAUAGUGCUAAGGCAGCGGAGGGAAAGAAUGGUGUGGGAAUGGAGGUGGCGGAUGAUGGUGGUACAGAGGAUAAUUUAUUCAAAAUUGCAGUAAAGAAGGGCGGGGAGCUAGAAUGGGAUGUUGAUGAUAAUAUUGGGUAUUUCAUCAAGAAGAAACUUAGAGUUUGGUGUCGGCUCCCAAAUGGCCAGUGGGAUUCUGGAACAAUAAAAUCUACUUCUGGGGAGGAAUCAUAUGUCUCCCUCGCAAAUGGAAAUGUUAUUAGAGUUUCUACUGGAGAUCUCUUUCCUGCAAAUCCAGAAAUUCUUGAGGGAGCUGGUGAUUUAAUUCAACUUAGUUAUUUGAAUGAACCAUCAGUCCUUCACAAUCUUAAGCACAGAUAUUCCCAGGAUAUGAUUUAUAGUAAAGCAGGUCCAGUUUUGAUUGCCCUCAAUCCCUUCAAACAUGUCCAGCUUUAUGGGAAUGAUUUUGUCACAGCUUAUAGGCGGAAAACUAAUGACAGCCCUCAUGUUUAUGCUUUAGCAGAUACUGCAUACAAUGAAAUGAUGAAAGGUGGAGUAAAUCAAUCAAUAAUCAUAAGUGGGGAAAGUGGAGCUGGGAAAACUGAGACAGCAAAAUUAACAAUGCAGUACUUAGCGGCACUUAGUGGUGGCAGUGGUGGAAUAGAGCGUGAAAUCCUUCAGACUAGUUAUAUACUUGAAGCAUUUGGGAAUGCUAAAACAUCUAGGAAUGACAACUCUAGCCGAUUUGGGAAAUUAAUUGAAAUUCAUUUUAGUAAAUUGGGGAAGAUAUCUGGUGCUAAAAUCCAAACUUUCCUGCUAGAAAAGUCAAGAGUGGUUCAGUUGUCUAUUAGUGAAAGGUCAUACCAUGUCUUUUAUCAACUCUGUGCCGGUGCUCCAGCAUCUCUUAAAGAGAAAUUGAAUCUUAUGACGGCAAAGGAAUACAUGUAUCUUAACCAGAGUGACUGCCUGGUGAUUAAUGGAGUGGAUGAUGCUAAGAAAUUUAAUAAGCUUAUGGAAGCAUUGGACAUUCUUCAGAUUUGCAAAGAAGACCAAGAACAUGCAUUUGCUAUGCUUGCUGCAGUAUUAUGGUUGGGAAACAUAUCCUUUCAAGUGAUUGACAAUGAAAAUCAUGUGGAGGCAUUGGCUGAUGAAGCUGCUUCUAGUGCUGCCAAGCUGUUGGGUUGCGGUAUUCAUGAGCUGAUUGUAGCUUUAUCUACCCAUAAAAUCUGGGCUGGCAAGGAUAGUAUUGCUAAAAAAUUGACAAUGCAACAGGCAAUUAAAAUGAGAGAUGCAUUGGCAAAAUUCAUCUAUGCAAGCCUGUUUGAUUGGCUUGUGAAACAAAUCAACAAGUCACUUGAAGUAGGAAAAAGUUUCACUGGAAGAUCCAUAAGCAUCCUUGAUAUUUAUGGGUUUGAAUCGUUUAAGAAAAAUAGCUUUGAGCAGUUCUGCAUAAAUUAUGCAAAUGAGAGAUUAACUGUGUUUUGCACACACUGCACAUUGUUAUUCUGGCCAAAGUGGUGUGUGGUAAUGUUGUUGCUUCUUUUUCUUAUAAAGGAGUAUGAACUAGAUGGGGUUGAUUGGACUAAAGUUGAUUUUGAAGACAACCAAGACUGCUUGGAUCUAUUUGAGAAGAAACCUUUGGGGCUACUGUCUUUAUUGGAUGAGGAAUCAAAAUUUCCCAACGCAACUGAUUUGACCUUUGCCAAUAAGCUUAAGCAGCACUUGAAUGCCAAUCCUUGCUUCAAAAGUGAUAGAGGCAGGGCAUUUGGUGUGCGGCAUUAUGCUGGAGAGGUUCUCUAUGACACGAAUGGCUUUCUGGAAAAGAAUCGAGAUCCAAUGCAAUUUGAGUUGGUCCAACUCCUAUCAUCAUGUAGUUGUGAGUUGCCACGGUUGUUUGCCUCCAAAAUGCUUAACCAAUCAUCCAAACCAAUAAGUCUGUCAGCUGCUCCAAAACAAAGUGUUGGCUUGAAAUUCAAGAGUCAACUCUUCAAACUAAUGAACCAGUUAGAGAAUACUGCACCACACUUCAUUCGGUGCAUAAUGCCAAAUACGAAGCAGGUUCCUGGCAAGUAUGAAGAGGAUCUUGUCUUACAACAGCUCAGAUGUUGUGGCAUUCUGGAGGUUGUUAGAAUCUCAAGAUGUGGAUAUCCAAGUCGAAUGGCGCAUCAAGAAUUUGCGGAAAGGUAUGGGUUCCUACUUUUGGGAAGCAAUGUUGUGCAGGAUCCACUAAGUAUAUCUGUUGCUGUUCUACAACAAUUUAAUAUCCUACCUGAAAUGUAUCAAGUUGGCUAUACAAAACUGUAUCUUCGAACUGGCCAGAUUGGGGCUUUGGAGGAUAAGAGAAAACAAGUUCUGCAGGGCAUAAUUGGGGUUCAGAAAUACUUCCGUGGUAACCAGAUUCGCUGUCAUUUCCAUGAACUCAAAGAGGGAGCAACAAAGAUACAAUCAUUUAUUCGUGGUGAAAAUAUCAGAAGGAAGCAUGCUAUUGGAAUGGAGAGGUGGACGGCUAUUGCUCCACAAGUACUUGAUGAGCAGCUGAAGGCAGUCACAUUUUUACAAUCUGUAAUCCGUGGGUGGUUGGCACAGAAGCAUUUCAAUAACAUGUGUAAUUCAGAAAAGUCAAACAUUGAAAGUGUAAAAUCUAAGCGAAAGUCUGGCAGGAAAAUUUCAGAAGUGAAGGAUCUACCACAAGAGCAGCAGAUUCAGGUUCUACCUUCUGUCUGGGCUGAGCUUCAGAGACGUGUUGUCCAGGCAGAAACAACUCUGGGGCAAAAGGAAGAGGAAAAUAAUGGGUUACGGAAGCAAUUACGACAGUAUGAGGCAAGGUGGUCAGAGUAUGAGGCAAGGAUGAAAUCAAUGGAGGAGAUGUGGCAAAAGCAAAUGUCAUCACUGCAAGUUAGUCUUACUGCUGCCAGAAAGAGUCUCCAUGCUGACAAUGCUGCUGGUCAACCCGGAAAAAUUGAUGGUCCCGCAUCACCUUAUGAUUCUGAAGGGGCUACGUCCUUGGAAUCUCGAACACCUGGUGGAAGUACACCCUUGAAAUUUGCAAGUGAUGUUCCUGACGCUUGGCCAGGGAGAGAGACCAAUGGCACUUUGACUGCAGUGGGCCAUCUGGUAAAGGAAUUUGAGCAGCAGAGACAAGCUUUUGAGGACGAUGCCAAACCCUUAAUUAAGGGCAAAAUUGCACCGCAAUCUUCUCACACAAAUCCUAAUGAAGAACUUCGGAGAUUAAAACUCAAGUUUGAGAAUUGGAAGAAAGAUUACAAGGUGAGAUUAAGGGAGGCAAAGGCAAGGCUUAAUAAAGUUGGGCAUUCAGAAGGUCGUCGGAAAUGGUGGGGGAUGUUAAGUUCAAAAGCAACAUAGUGUUUAUAUGUAUUAACAAUCAUGAGAUUUAGACUAAAGAAGAUUCAAUUACCCGAGGAAUUCAAGGGAAAUAUUGUUGUCGAAAUGUAGUUUGUUCCCAUUCUCUGAUGCUGUUGCUUUAUACAAUGUAUAGCAUGAUGUAUGUUCCAAGGUCGGAGAUGGAAGAGUUGAUUAUGUGCAUAGAAUUUCUUAAGACGUGGAGCUGUGUUUUCUCCACUGAAUAGUUUAGCCUAGGUUAGUUAGUUUGUGAAUAUGCUGUUGCCUAUGAAUGUAAUCAAACUUCUAUGGUAUC